AAGUCUGAUCCGGGAGUUGCUUGUGAAUGACUUAAUGAACUGCCUUAUGCGCGGGGCUCCGUGUGAUUUGAUCCCACUUAUGCCUUCCAUGGAUCCUACCGACAGAGUUGCACAAUGAAGGUCUUCUCCCUAUUCACCUCUCUAGCCCUGCUAGGCGGUGCUGUCGUGUCCGCCCGCACCGGCAUCAUACAGACACGCGAUAGCAUAGACAACAGCUCCGCACUGCCAGAGGACCUCAAUGGCUCCAACUUCACCUACCCCUGGCCCGUGAAGCUGUACAAGUUCACGUCGCAACUGCAAGAGCUAGAGAUGGCCUUCAUGGACGUGGCCCCCGAGGUCACCCCCAACGGCAAAACCGUCGCCCUGUUCCACGGCAAAAACUUCUGCGGCCCGACCUGGGAGAGCACCAUCCGCGUCCUGACCUCGCUCGGCUACCGCGUCAUCGCGACCGACCAAAUCGGGUUCUGCAAGUCCACCAAGCCCGAGCGUUACCAGUUCAGUCUCCAGCAAUUCGCCACCAACACCAACGGCCUCCUAAACACCCUGGGCAUAGAAAGCGCAACCAUCAUGGGGCAUUCCGUCGGCGGCAUGCUCGCCACGCGGUACGGGCUCAUGUUCCCGGACCAGGUCGACAACCUCAUCCUCGUCGAUCCCGUCGGUCUGGAGGACUACACCGCCCUCGGCGUCCCUUACCUGCCCAUUGACACCAACUACGUCACCGAGGCCGCCAGCACAUACGCCUCUAUCCAGGGCUACGAAAACACGACGUACUAUGUCGGGCAGUGGAAGGAAGAGUAUGACGUCUGGGUCAACAUGCUGGUUAACAUCUACCACGGCAGCAAGGCCGAGACAUACGCACUGAACCAGGCGCAGAUUGUGGAUAUGGUACUCACCCAGCCUGUUAGUUUCGAGUUUGGGCUGCUGCAGCCGCGCACCUUGUUGAUUGUCGGCGAUAAGGAUCGCACGGCCAUUGGUGCGCAGUGGUCGCCCCCUGAGGUUGCAGCCAAGUUGGGUCACUUUGAUGUCCUUGGUCCUCAGGUUGCGGCGCAGAUUCCGAAUGGAACUCUGGUUUCUUUUCCUGCGCUGGGUCACGCGCCGCAGAUUUCCAGUCCUGAUGAGUUUCAUGCUGCUGUACUGGACUGGUUGUCGACCUAGGUUUCAUGCUUGGAUGACGUGCAUGAUUUAGACAUUCGAAACUUAAUCCGUACCUUCACACACCGCAGACGUUUUUUGCCCGUUGUUCCUCUACAUUAUCCCCAUAGAAAGUGUAAUCUAUGUAUCACCUGUCUAGCCGAGUGGGUGACAAGCAAUAAGAAUUAUUACGUUUGAAAUGCGGAGCAAGUAAUUAUGAAAAGGAACUAUCUCAGCC